CUUCUUCACCGCUAAGCGCCGCUUCCUCUAAAAAAAUCCUCAGAAGCAAGUCUUCGAUUGCUAAACCCUAAACCUAUUACAAAAUCACCUUCGUUCUGGGCCGCGUCCUUCUCUCUCUCCCAAGCAAUUCAGAAUGAUAACUGCACUUUCGUGGAUACCUAAAGGGUCUUUAAAGGCUGUUCCUGAUGCUGCUGAGCCUCCUUCAAAGGAAGAGAUCAAGGAGCUCAUUGAGAGUGGAGCUUUCGUGGGAAGCGUGGAUGGUAGUAACGAGGAUGGAGAAGAUAUAGAGGAAGAAGAAGAAGAAGAAGAUGGGGAUCAGAUUAGUGAAGUUGAUCGUGCCAAGGCUGUAGCAGAAGCUUUUGGUAAAUCAUCCAAUAGCAAAUCUUCCUCUAUGGAGGUUGAUGAGGUAGCUGCUGCGAUGAAAGAACUCGACAUGGAUAACUAUGAUGAAGAGGAUGAUGGAAUUGAACUCUUCAGCUCUGGGCUUGGGGAUCUUUAUUAUCCAAGCAAUGAGUUGGAUCCCUAUCUGAAGGAUGCUGCUGAUGAUGAUGAUGACGAUGAAGAGGAUAUUGAUGAUACGACUAUCAAGCCAACAGAUUCAGUGAUUAUCUGCGCUAGGAAUGAAGAUGAAGUCAGCCAUCUAGAGGUUUAUGUGUACGAAGAAUCAUCCAACGGCUCACCAAACAUGUAUGUUCAUCAUCACAUAGUUAUACCAGAGUUUCCGUUGUGUACUGCAUGGAUUGAUUGUCCUCUUAAAGGAGGGGACAAAGGGAAUUUUGUAGCUAUUGGAUCAAAGGAUUCGCCGACGAUAGAGAUAUGGGAUCUUGACGUUAGGGACGAGGUGCUCCCUUGUGUGCAACUAGGAGGAAUAGAGGAGAUGAAGAUUAUCAAGAAAAAGAAGAGUAAGAAAGAGAAGAUCAGGAAGCCGAUAUACAAAGAAGGCAGCCACACUGAUUCAGUACUUGGUCUUGCUUGGAACAAGGAGUUCCGGAAUAUACUGGCUAGUGCUAGUGCCGACAGAAAAGUUAAGGUGUGGGAUGUGGCUACUGGACAGUGUAAGAUCACUAUGGAGCAUCACACAAAGGAGGUUCAAGCGGUUGCUUGGAAUCAUUAUGCUCCAGAAGUGCUUCUCAGUGGGUCAUUUGAUCAGACUGUUGUAUUGAAAGACGGACGACAACCUUCGCACUCUGGUUUCAAAUGGUCUGUCAUGUCUGAUGUCGAAAGCUUAGCCUGGAAUCCCCACAAUGAACACUCCUUUGUGGUAAGUCUUGAGGAUGGAACCGUGAAAGGUUUUGAUAUACGCGUCGCACAGUCAGGUUCAGAUUCUGAUUUAAAACCAAGCUUUACUAUCCAAGCACAUGACCAAGACAAAGGAGUCUCCUCCAUCUCAUACAACACUUCUGCACCCAAUCUUUUGGCUACGGGGUCUAUGGAUAAAACGGUAAAACUUUGGGAUCUUUCAAACAACGAGCCUUCAUGCAUUACUUCACACAAACCAAAAGCUGGAGCUGUAUUCUCCAUUUCCUUCUCAGCAGACAAUCCUUUCUUGCUUGCUAUUGGUGGCUCAAAGGGAGAGCUACAUGUUUGGGAUACGCUCUUGGACGCUAACGUCGCUCGCAAAUAUGGGAAAAACCAAUCUUGAAAAGUCCACAAGGCUCACUUGUUUCUUUUGAAGCUGCUGUGAUGGUGACCGUUGGAUCCGAACACAAUCAUGCAAAAGUUUUGCAGUUUCUUUUCUGUUUUUGACUUUAGGUUGGUUUUUUUUAUCUCCUAUGAUUAUGGAAUGGUGUAAGGGUGUGUGUGAGCUUUAUGUUUGUCGAACUCUUAAGAUUGCCAGUCUUUUUAAAACUUAUCAAGAAGCUCUAAGUUAUUAUUAUUACAUGUUACAUUUAUGUAGUUUUUUUAAGCUCU